CCCUUCCCUUCCUUCUCUCCCUCCAAACUCACAACACAAAAACACAAACAAAAAUAAUGAGACUCCUCCUCCUUCUCCUCCUGUUUCUUCUCCUCCUUCUCUUUCACAUUUCUCACUCCCGUACCGUCCCUGAAUACAAAGCUCUUCUUUCCGUGAAAUCCGCCAUUACCGACGACCCGCAGUCCCCACUUUCCUCGUGGAACGAGACCACUAACCACUGUACAUGGAGCGGCAUCACCUGCGACGCUCGACGUCACGUGACUUCCAUAGACCUGUCCGGUCUCAACCUUUCCGGUACUCUCUCUCCGGACCUGGCUCACCUUCGCUUCCUCCAGAACCUCUCAGUGGCCAUCAACCAGUUCUCCGGUCCCAUACCACCCGAGAUCUCGGCGCUUUCGGCUCUCCGCACCUUGAACCUCUCCAACAAUGUGUUCAACGGUUCAUUCCCUAACGAGUUGUCCCAGCUCGUCAGCUUACAGGUCCUUGACUUGUACAACAACAACAUGACUGGUGACUUGCCGCUUGCAGUUACGCAGCUCCGAAACUUACGCCACUUGCAUCUCGGAGGCAACUAUUUCGGCGGUCAGAUCCCCGCCGCGUAUGGCGGCUGGGAGUUUCUUGAGUAUCUGGCGGUUUCCGGUAACGAACUCGUUGGCAAAAUACCGGGAGAAAUCGGUAACUUAACCAAGUUACGAGAGCUCUACAUUGGUUACUAUAACGGUUAUACCAGCGGUUUGCCUCCAGAAAUCGGAAAUUUAUCGGCGUUAGUUCGGUUUGACGCUGCUAACUGUGGACUGUCAGGUGAAAUACCAGCUGAUAUAGGACGUUUGCAGAAUUUGGACACUCUGUUUCUUCAAGUUAACAGUCUUUCAGGACCGUUGACGAGGGAGUUGGGUACUUUAAAGAGCUUGAAGUCGAUGGACUUAUCCAACAACAUGUUUACCGGCGAGAUACCGGACUCAUUUGCCGAGUUGAACAAUUUGACACUGUUAAAUCUUUUCAGAAACAAACUUCAUGGUGCAAUCCCGGAGUUUAUCGGCGAGUUACCGCAGCUUGAGGUGUUACAGCUGUGGGAAAACAACUUUACCGGAAGCAUUCCUCAAAGAUUGGGCUCUAACGGCAAGCUACGGAAUCUAGAUCUUUCGUCCAAUAAGCUUACCGGCACGUUGCCUCCUGACAUGUGUUCCGGUAACUCCUUGCAAACUUUAAUCACUCUUGGGAAUUUCUUGUUUGGUCCCAUUCCAGAACCGUUGGGGAAAUGCGAAUCGUUGAGUCGGAUUCGAAUGGGAGAGAAUUUUCUAAACGGAUCUAUACCAAAAGGUCUGUUUGGGUUACCGAAUCUCAGUCAAGUUGAGUUGCAGGAUAAUUAUUUAACCGGGGAGUUCCCAGAGUCCGAUUCCAUCCCGACCAAUCUUGGUCAAAUUAGUUUAUCUAACAACCAGCUUUCUGGUUCUUUACCCGCUACUAUUGGCAACUUUACUGGAGUUCAGAAGCUUCUGCUUGAUGGGAACAAGUUCUCGGGUCAAAUCCCGUCCGAGAUUGGCAGGUUACAGCAACUUUCAAAGAUGGAUUUUAGUCACAAUCAGUUUUCUGGUCGGAUUGCGCCCGAGAUUAGCCAGUGUAAACUUCUGACUUUUGUUGAUCUGAGUAGAAAUGAACUUUCUGGGGAGAUUCCUAAUGAGAUUACUGGUAUGAGAAUCUUGAAUUAUCUGAAUUUGUCAAGGAACCACCUUCUGGGUAACAUUCCAGCUUCUAUAGCUACUAUGCAGAGCUUAACUAGUGUUGAUUUUUCGUAUAACAAUCUUUCUGGUUUGGUUCCUGGAACUGGUCAAUUUAGUUACUUCAACUAUACUUCGUUUUUGGGUAAUCCUGGGCUUUGUGGUCCUUAUUUGGGACAUUGUAAAGACGGUGUUGCCAAUGGUACCCACCAGCCUCAUGUUAAAGGUCCAUUAUCUGCUUCUGUGAAGUUGUUACUUGUGGUUGGAUUACUUGUGUGCUCGAUUGCGUUUGCAGUCGCUGCAAUUAUCAAGGCAAGGUCUUUGAAGAAGGCUAGUGAUUCUCGCGCUUGGAAAUUGACUGCAUUCCAGCGCCUGGACUUCACUUGUGAUGAUGUUCUUGAUAGCUUGAAGGAGGAUAACAUAAUUGGAAAAGGCGGUGCUGGCAUUGUUUACAAGGGGAUUAUGCCUAGUGGUGAUCAGGUCGCUGUGAAGAGACUCCCUGCAAUGAGCCGUGGUUCUUCCCACGAUCAUGGAUUUAAUGCUGAGAUACAAACCUUGGGAAGGAUUAGGCAUAGACACAUUGUUAGAUUGUUGGGAUUCUGUUCAAAUCAUGAGACUAAUCUUUUGGUAUAUGAGUACAUGCCUAAUGGGAGCUUGGGGGAGGUCCUUCAUGGCAAGAAAGGGGGCCAUUUGCACUGGGAUACAAGGUAUAAGAUCGCUGUGGAGGCUGCUAAGGGGCUUUGCUAUCUUCAUCAUGAUUGUUCACCCUUGAUUGUUCAUCGUGAUGUGAAGUCAAACAACAUCCUUCUUGAUUGCAAUUUUGAAGCUCAUGUUGCUGAUUUUGGACUAGCCAAGUUCUUGCAAGAUUCAGGCACAUCAGAGUGCAUGUCUGCCAUUGCUGGCUCUUAUGGAUACAUUGCUCCAGAAUAUGCCUACACUUUGAAGGUGGAUGAGAAGAGUGAUGUCUAUAGCUUUGGAGUAGUCCUGUUAGAAUUAGUUACUGGAAGGAAACCAGUUGGGGAAUUUGGUGAUGGUGUGGACAUAGUUCAGUGGGUUCGAAAAUUGACUGACUCUAACAGGGAAGGAGUUCUUAAAAUUCUGGAUCCAAGACUUCCCUCUGUUCCUCUCCAUGAGGUGAUGCAUGUAUUCUAUGUCGCAAUGCUCUGUGUUGAAGAACAGGCUGUCGAGCGCCCAACUAUGCGUGAAGUGGUUCAAAUUCUGACAGAGCUCCCAAAGCCACCAAGCUCAAAACAGGGAGAGUCAACUGUCACCGAGUUCUCACCACAAUCAGGCACCGCCAAUCUCGAGUCUCCUAAUGCAUCAAUCAAGGACUCAAAAGAUCAACGGCCGGCACCACCUCAAUCCCCACCUCCCGAUCUUCUUAGCAUUUGAAGUGUUUUAGUAGUGGGAGGGGACUGUUUGUUCUCUAAGUUUCAAGAAUUGUGUUAGCUUUUAUCUAUGUUUUCUUUUUUUACCUUUUCUAAUCUUGUGCUGGGGUAGUGGGGGAUGUGCUCUAACUUUAAGGUGUUAAAUGUUUGAAGUUUAUCAUGUACAGUAGGAUUGGUGGGGAUAUUUUCUUUAAAAAAAAAAAAAAACUCUUCUUCAUCAUGUAGUAGUAUUCAGCUAUGCCUUGCUGUUUUACACUUCUGCAAUCUGUUUAUGGCACCAGCAGCAGCAGGUAACUGUUAAAGCUCUGCAAAACUCAAGCUCUAGUGUAAACAUCAAGGGAAGAGAUAUAUUUAUAUGUCAGUGGUUUUUAAAGAAGUGCUUAUUA